AUGUCUGUCAUAAAGCCCCGAUGUAUAAUGAAAGGGUUUGUCGUGCAGUUCGAGAAAUGGGACGAGUAUCUUCCACCUGAUACAUGCGGCUUGGCUACCGGAUAUGGUUCGGCUUUUCAUGCAUUCCUCAGCAAUGGGUUGCUUGGCAUCAAUGCAAGACAACCAGUUCGUGUCCAAACUCCCGUUAGCGAUUACAUUGGAGUGGUUUGGCCAUGUAAAGAGAUAGGAAUUUUGCGUAUAUCUCUUACUGAAGAAAACGGCGCUUGGGAGAAACUUGCUUGCAUCACCCCUAUCUGGAAUUCUCUACGUCUUCAACGAAUUUCUUUAUCAAUUGACUCACCUCUACCACUAGCCGUUGCAUCGUUGCAGGAGUAUUAUACAGUCAUCUCUGGUAACAGAAGAUCCUCUCUCAGUUGUUUCAUCGAUAGGAGGAAUGCACAUAGCGAAGAAGACUUUGAUGGAUUUUGUUCUAGUUCCAUAUCUGAGGGAAAAAUCAUGUUGUUCUAUAUUGCUCUGGAUUGCAGGGAGCUCGCGAAAAACAUUGUUGCUUUCCGCUGUUGCCAAAGCUCUUGGAAGCUCAGCGUUUUAUUUCCAAAUGAAGUUAAAGCAAGGAUGUACCGAAUCUCGCAAAUUCCUUCUUGUUUUCAGUCUAUGGACGAGUUCAGUGAGAAGUACACUCUGAUUCCUCCACGAUGCGUAGUAAUUCUGGAUUGGCCAUCAGUGGACAAAGAGCACAAGGGUUUCAGCAAAUUAGUGCAAUUGAUAGACAAUCAGUGUGCAGCUGUGGUCCUUUCUGUACGACAAGCGGAGGAGCUUGACCUCGGAGUCCGAGUCAGGUUUCCUGUAGAACGCGGCAUUGUUCUGUCUCGGUGGUUGAAGUUGAUGUUUCCAAUGGAGGAAGAGCGAAUAGAAAUUUUGCGAUCUUUGACGGGCUCUUCUGAUGAUGUUAUCGUCGACUUGGCUAAACGUACACACGGUUUCACUGGAGGAGAUCUGAAAUCAUUGGUUGUCGCCUCCCGUUUUACUGAAGGACAAACUGAAAGUGAGAAGUUGGAAAAUGCUCGAAAACGUGUCCGACCGACAGGGAUCCGGCAGUUUAUCCUAGAGGUACCUCAUGUGAGCUGGGAUGACAUCGGAGGUAGCGAGGAACUGAAACUUGAAAUACAACAGGCUGUAAUUUGGCCGCAAAAGCAUCGAGACGCGUUCGAACGAUUUGGUAUUGAUCCACCUUCAGGAAUUUUAUUGUAUGGACCACCUGGCUGUAGCAAAACUUUGGUCGCUCGUGCGCUUGCUAGUGAGUCGAAGAUGAAUUUCUUAGCUGUCAAAGGACCAGAGUUAUUCAGUAAAUGGGUCGGAGAGUCUGAAAAAGCGAUUCGAGAUCUGUUUUCCAGAGCUAGACAGGUAGCACCCACUAUUGUAUUCUUCGACGAAAUUGAUGCGGUCGGGAGCUCAAGAGGGUCCGAGAAAAGCUCUGGAGUUUCUGAUCGCGUUUUGGCGCAACUUCUCACAGAGCUUGAUGGACUAGAAAAGCAGAGCGGUGUGCUCUUACUCGCUGCGACAAAUCGUCCUGAUCAGCUCGAUAGCGCCCUGUUGAGGCCAGGCCGUCUUGACCGUGCAAUAUAUGUUGGACUUCCAUGUUCUAAAACAAGGCGUGCAAUCAUCGAAAUGAGAACAAAACGCAUGACCUUAGCUGAAGAUGACAUCAUCGAAAAACUGGUCAAUAAAACCGAAGGGUACUCGGGAGCUGAGCUGGUUGCCGUUUGUCGUCAAGCUGCACUUCUUGCAAUGAGAGAGAACAUAAACGCAACGGAGGUGCGGUGGCAACAUUUUGAGGAGACUUUACUCUCAAUUGUGCCACGAACGGAACGUCACAUGCUGGAAGCGUAUGAGAGGUUCAAACGCGGAGUUGUGUAG